GCCAAGCUGCAGCCCCCGCUAAAGCAUUGGAUCCCUCAACGUACUGCGAGAGCCCGGUGUACAGCCCGGACCUGUGCCCCAACAUGAUCGCCGCCCAGGCCAAGCUGGUGUACCAGCUCAACAAGUACUACACGGAGCGCUGCCAGGCACGCAAGGCGGCCAUCGCUAAGACCAUCCGCGAGGUGUGCAAGGUGGUGUCGGACGUGCUGAAGGAGGUGGAGGUGCAGGAGCCGCGCUUCAUCAGCUCGCUGAGCGAGAUCGACGCCCGCUACGAGGGGCUGGAGGUGAUCUCGCCCACCGAGUUCGAGGUGGUGCUCUACCUCAACCAGAUGGGCGUCUUCAACUUCGUGGACGACGGCUCCCUGCCAGGCUGCGCCGUGCUCAAGCUGAGCGACGGCCGCAAGCGCAGUAUGUCGCUCUGGGUGGAGUUCAUCACGGCCUCGGGCUACCUGUCGGCGCGCAAGAUCCGCUCCCGCUUCCAGACGCUGGUGGCCCAGGCCGUGGACAAGUGCAGCUACCGCGACGUGGUGAAGAUGAUCGCGGACACCAGCGAGGUGAAGCUGCGCAUCCGCGAGCGCUACGUGGUGCAGAUCACACCCGCCUUCAAGUGCACAGGCAUCUGGCCGCGCAGCGCGGCGCAGUGGCCCAUGCCACACAUCCCCUGGCCCGGCCCCAACCGUGUGGCCGAGGUGAAGGCAGAGGGCUUCAACCUGCUCUCCAAGGAGUGCUACUCGCUGACGGGCAAACAGAGCUCGGCCGAGAGCGACGCCUGGGUGCUGCAGUUUGGCGAGGCCGAGAACCGGCUGCUGAUGGGCGGCUGCCGCAACAAGUGCCUCUCGGUGCUCAAGACGCUGCGGGACCGGCACCUGGAGCUGCCCGGGCAGCCGCUCAACAACUACCACAUGAAGACGCUGCUGCUGUACGAGUGCGAGAAGCACCCGAGGGAGACCGACUGGGACGAGGCGUGCCUGGGCGACCGCCUCAACGGCAUCCUGCUGCAGCUCAUCUCCUGCCUGCAGUGCCGCCGCUGCCCGCACUACUUCCUGCCCAACCUCGACCUCUUUCAGGGCAAGCCCCACUCGGCCCUAGAGAGCGCCGCCAAACAGACCUGGAGGCUGGCCCGGGAGAUCCUCACCAAUCCCAAAAGCCUCGACAAACUAUAGGGCCGGCGCCCGGGCGCAAGCCGCUCGUCCCCCGGUACCGCGGCGGCCACAGACUGCUACGG